UCCUCGUCUCUCCCCGCCCCGCCGGAGCAGGCGCUUCCGGCCCGGGCGGGGACAGGGCGCGGGGAGGUUCCGCUUCUCCCAAGGCAGAUGCUGCGGGCGGCGGCGGCGGCGGCGGAGCAUCCGCGGCGUCUGCGGGGAAGAUGAACUACAUGCCGGGCACCGCCAGCCUCAUCCAGGACAUCGACAAGAAACACUUGGUCCUCCUCCGUGACGGUCGAACGCUGAUUGGAUAUUUACGCAGCAUCGAUCAGUUUGCAAACCUGGUGUUGCACCAGACGGUGGAGCGCAUUCAUGUGGGCAAAAAGUACGGUGACAUCCCUCGGGGCAUCUUUGUGGUGAGAGGCGAGAACGUUGUACUUCUGGGAGAAAUUGACCUGGAGAAGGAAAGCGACACGCCUUUGCAGCAAGUGUCGAUUGAGGAGAUCCUGGAAGUGCAGCGAAUAGAGCAGCAAGCCAAGCAGGAGUCGGAGAAGCUGAAAGUGCAAGCGCUGAAGGAGCGGGGCCUCUCCAUUCCACGGACUGAUACACUAGAUGAAUACUAGGCGUUCAGUCCAGACAAUCACAGCUGCCCCCAAGAUUGAAUUAGCAUUUAGGGCCCCCUCGCGAUGUGCAUUUCCCCACCAACACCUCUCCCCCCCCCUUUCAUUGUGCCCUGAGUGCGAAACACAAUUUAAUCAUGAUUUAUCAUUGUUGCCGAAGACCUGAAAAGAUCCCAGUGUUACGUAAUCCAAGGUGAUGGAGCAGCUGUCAACAAUCCUGGCUAGGGAUGAAACUUUUUUUUUUUAAUAUAGUUUUCUUUCUUUCUUUUUUCCUUUUGUGACUUUGGAGGAGGUGGAAUUAAGCCUCCCCUGACAUGUAAAUAAAAACUGACUUUGCGAACCCGGGUCUUGCUUAGGCUAGAA